AUGUCAUCAACACUCAAGCGCAAGCCCUCCCCAUCAGAAGACGACUCUCUGGCCGAAUCAUCCAAGCGCCGCUUCACCGAGACAACCACAGAGGAUACCGCACCCUCACAAGACAACGACACAGGCGCAUCCUCCGCGGCACCCACACCCACACCAACGUCAACAUCAGACUCUCCAGCACCCUCAUCGCAAGCCGAUCGUCUCGCCCGCUUUGCCGCCCUGCGCAACAGAAACAAAUCCUCACGCGACGACAAUCGCAAAGCCACAACUCUAGAAGUAUCCCGCGCCUCUGCAGACCCGAACGCUUUAGCCGCACUCUCCCGUCGCAAAGAACGCGCUACCGAGAAACUGUUACACGCACAAACCCUCGAAGACGGCGACGACUGGGAUCGCAAGCGCGCCUGGGACUGGACGGCCGAGGAAUCAGCUGCCUGGGACAAGAAACUCGCCAAGAAAAAGGCACACCGCGAUAAUGUUGCCUUCCAAGAUUUCGGGCAAGACGCGAAUAAAAUCUACAAGCGACAAGUCAGGGAUAUGAAUCCCGAUGUUUCAAACUACGAGGCGGAGAAAAUGGCUGCUGUGGAGAGGGCUGCUCAGUCAGGAGGUUUAGAGAUUGUGGAGACGGAAGAUGGAGAACUGAUUGCCGUGGACAAGGAUGGCAGCUUCUACAGCACAAAAGACUCGACUGAUUUCGUGGGGAAUAAGCCAAGCAAGGAAAAGAUUGAUAAGUUGGUGGGCGAGAUACAGAAGGCUGAGGAGGUCAGACUCAAAAAGAGGAAGGAGAGGAGUGGCAAGGAGGAGGAUGGUGAUGUUACGUACAUUAACGACAAGAACAAGCAGUUUAACCAAAAAUUGGCGAGGUUCUACAACAAGUACACUUCGGAAAUCAGAGACAGCUUCGAGAGGGGUACUGCUAUUUGA